CCGCACAAAGGUCCCGCUCUCCUUCCAUUGAAAAUGAAUGGGAAGCGGUAUCUUUUGUUUUUCACGCUAUUUAUAUAGGCUUUCUCAAUUGUAGUUUUUUUUUUGUCGAUAAUGUUACAGGUAGAGUAGAAUAAUACGAACACGUCGACUUUCAUUCCGCUCAAAAUGUCUAAACUACAGUUGUUGAACGUGUAUGUUAGUGAACGACCAACAGUGGCUGUUUCAGAGAUAUCCGUAGCCAAAGAGACAACCAUAGCGGAAUUACAUAAAGAAAUCUACCGUUUGAAGGAGGAGAAUAACCGUCUACGAAGACUGUUGGAUUUGGUUUUCAAGCCAGAGAUAAAGUUACACAGAGCAGAUUCCCACCAGCUCACUCACCUCAUAUCUGAAGAGGAGGUUCCCCUGGAACAGCAGCACUGUGAGCAGGAGUGGAGCCCCAGUCUGAUUCAGGAGGACUCAGUGCCCACACAGAUUAAAGAGGAACAGGAGGAACUACAGACCAGUCAAGAGGAAGAGCAGCUUCUAGGGCCCUUUGAUACCAAAGACUCCAUAUUCACUUCUCCCUGUGUGGAAAGUGACUGUGAUCAGGAGAACCCAUCUCAGCCCUCACAUCUUCACCAAACCCAAACUGUGGAGGACAGAGAGAGGGACUCUCUACUCACCUACACAUCUAUAGAGAUCAAAACAGAACCUGAUGGAGAUGAUUACAGAGUAUCAGAACCAGCCAGUGACUCUCAGCCCCUCUCUGCAGUAACUCCAGACUGUUCUGCAGCUCAGAGUGAAAACAUGGAAAGUGAUGAUGAGGUGGAGAGUGGAGGACAGCUAUCAGGGUCUAAGACACUGGAAUCAAAGAGAGAACAGAUAGAGAAAGGAGAAAGGUUCCAUACCAGUGCUGGAGGCAGGACGGCCACAAUGUUGCCCCGUUUGACAUCCUCUAGGAAAACGUAUGCUGCUAUAUAUUGCAAGAAGCGUUCGAUCCGUAUGUGUGGGAAGUGUGAGCCAUGCAGGAGGACGGAGGAAUGUGCUCAGUGUGAUUUCUGUAAAGACAGGAGGAAGUUUGGAGGACCCAAUAAGAUCAGACAGAAGUGCAGACUCAGGCAGUGUGAAGUCCACGCUCCGGUGCAUUUCAAGAAGAGUUAAGGGCUUGUAAGUAAGCAUUUCACGAAGUUCUGCGUGUGAAGGAUGAGGAGUACAGGUGGAUCCUGAGGAGAGGAGGACAUCCCUCUGACUACAGUGAGAAUGAGAUGGAAUGUGAUGAAGCUGCUCGCCCGUCACUAUAAAAAUGCACUGAACUAACAUGCAUGGUUGUUGAUGACACUGAUGUUUAGAUGAACAGAAUGAAAUAGUCUCUAUAAUGCACAGAGCUUAACUCAGACAGCUGUUUGUAGCUGCUGUAAAACUAUUUCAAAGCCUAAACUUGAUCACUUAGGAUGGAACUUUCCAGUGCUACUGUUUUUGCCAUGUAAUAUUUUUAUUA